UAGUUUCAGGACAGCCUCCAAAGCCACAGAGAAACCCUGUCUUGAAAACCACCCUUCCCCCCACCAAAAAAAGUCCACGUAUGAUAUAGUGACACAUACCUUUAAUCCUAGCACCUGGGAGGCAGAGCUAGGUAGAUCUGAAUUUGAGAGCAACCUAGUGUACAUAGAGAGGUCCAAACCAGUUGUAUAGUGAGACUCCAUCUGAAGAUGACAAGAACCUACAUACUAAAUGAAAUAUGUACUGAAAAGUAUAUAUGUUGUUUUAUAUAUAUAUAUAUAUAUAUAUAUAUAUAUAUAUAUAUAUACAUCACAUUUUUUAGGAUAAGUUCUCAGUAUACAGCUCAGGCUGGCCUCAAACUCUCAGUCUUCCUGCCUCGGCUUCCCAAGUGCUAAGACUACAAGUGUGCACCACUAUCCCUGGCUAGAACAUUUUUUUGAGGCAUGUGGGGAAAAUAAACACAACUAACUGUGUAACCAGGAAGCCUUGGGUUCCUGUUUUGAAAUGGGCCUUGGAUUGUAUUGGACCACCAUUUGUUUCAUGUGAGGUAUGGUGAAUACUUUGCAUACCUUGACUUUGUUCUCAGUCAAAGCCUUUCCAAAAGUUUUUCCUCACCUGCUAGAUGGCAGGUCCCCUGUAUAGGAAUGCAAUUAGAUAUACCAUGGCCUUAAUAAAAACAAGGGGUGUUUACUCCAUAGAGCCAGUUUCUGAGGCCAGCACAUAGCUCAGCAGGGAAGCACAGCAAGCCUGGCAGCUGAAUUCAAUCUCCAAAGUCUACAUGAAGGUGGAAGGAGAGAACCAGCUCCACAAAGCUGUCCUCUGACCUCCAUGUGUGCGCCUCCUUGUGGCUCUGUGGUUCCAGAGCUGCUACAGGGUUAGAAGGGUAGAGCUGGCCUGUGCUGCUGCCCAUUGCAGUGUUACUGUUACCUGCCCUGUUUGCCUCUGGGUAGUGUGAGGGCCAAUAGAGUGUGAGAGGUAAAGGGGCAAAGAAAGAAGUGUGAACCUAUCAGCUUGCUCACAACAUUGGGAGGCCAGCAGGAAGAUAAUGAGUUUGAAUCUAGCUAGGAUUCCGGAGAAAGAGGCCUUGUCAGGAAAGGAAGAAACUGUAGCUGAGGUUGGAGGGCACCUGCCCUGCUCACCUGCUUGCUGCUCUGCCAGAUGUGGUGCAGUAGGUUUCCUGGAGUUCAAAGACACUUGUUCAAGGUUGACUUUGGAUGUGCUGAAUGUCAUGCUGUGCUGAGAAAACUUUGUAGUGGGAUAAAAGAGUUAUGGUGAGCAGACUUGCCGCAAUCUGGGGCGGUCUGCUCUUACCGCCCAGUCCCUCUUGUGUCCAGGGAGGGCAUCAACACAUUUCUCCCUACACUCAUGGCCUAAAUAAAGGACUCCCCAAAACUGUAUGUACUAUGCAUUUGCUGCUUGUUUCUAAUAGUUCGUUGCCCCAGCAUAGGGUAAAGACAAAGCCACAAAGCUAAUGGUGGCCCUGUUUGGCUGUGCAGCCCACAGUUUAGGAAGAGCUGUGUGGGAGUCUGGAGGAGCCUCAGCGUGCCUCUGCCCUCAGAGGAUCUGCACCUGUCCCAGCUGCUGAGUUCCACUCCAAAUGUGAACAACUAUUUUGGGAACGCUUAAGCCAUCAGAAAAAUGAAUGGCUCCAUGGUGGCUUGGCUCUGAUGCACCCCUCAAAAAACUAGACACCAUGUGCGACGAAGACGAGACCACCGCCCUCGUGUGUGACAACGGCUCUGGCCUGGUGAAGGCAGGCUUUGCCGGGGAUGAUGCCCCCAGGGCUGUGUUCCCAUCCAUUGUGGGCCGCCCCAGACACCAGGGUGUCAUGGUAGGUAUGGGUCAGAAGGACUCCUACGUGGGCGAUGAGGCCCAGAGCAAACGAGGUAUCCUGACCCUGAAGUACCCCAUCGAGCAUGGCAUCAUCACCAACUGGGACGAUAUGGAGAAGAUCUGGCACCACACCUUCUACAAUGAGCUUCGUGUGGCCCCUGAGGAGCACCCGACCCUGCUCACUGAGGCCCCCUUAAACCCCAAAGCUAACCGAGAGAAGAUGACCCAAAUCAUGUUUGAGACCUUCAACGUGCCCGCCAUGUAUGUGGCCAUCCAGGCGGUGCUGUCCCUCUAUGCCUCUGGCCGUACCACCGGCAUUGUGUUGGAUUCUGGGGACGGUGUCACCCACAACGUGCCCAUCUAUGAGGGCUAUGCCCUGCCACACGCCAUCAUGCGUCUGGACCUGGCUGGUCGUGACCUCACUGACUACCUGAUGAAGAUUCUCACCGAGCGUGGCUAUUCCUUCGUGACCACAGCUGAGCGUGAGAUCGUGCGCGACAUCAAAGAGAAGCUGUGCUACGUGGCCCUGGACUUCGAGAAUGAGAUGGCCACCGCUGCCUCCUCCUCCUCCCUGGAGAAGAGCUACGAGUUGCCUGACGGGCAGGUCAUCACCAUUGGCAAUGAGCGCUUCCGUUGCCCGGAGACGCUUUUCCAGCCCUCAUUCAUCGGCAUGGAAUCUGCGGGGAUCCAUGAGACCACCUACAACAGCAUCAUGAAGUGUGACAUUGACAUCAGGAAGGACCUGUACGCCAACAACGUCAUGUCAGGGGGUACCACCAUGUACCCUGGUAUCGCUGACCGCAUGCAGAAGGAAAUCACAGCUCUGGCUCCCAGCACCAUGAAGAUCAAGAUCAUCGCCCCCCCUGAGCGUAAGUACUCAGUGUGGAUCGGUGGCUCCAUCCUGGCCUCGCUGUCCACCUUCCAGCAGAUGUGGAUCACCAAGCAGGAGUACGACGAGGCCGGCCCCUCCAUUGUGCACCGCAAAUGCUUCUAGGCGCACCUUCAUCUGUGUACACUCUCUCUCCUCAGGACGACAAUCGUGCUGUGGUUGCAGGGCGGCCCAUCUUCCGCCAUGCUCCAUCGCCGCCACUGCAGCCGGCACCUGUUUUUGACCUGUACAUAGAUUGACUCGUUUUACCUCAUUUUGUUAUUUUUCAAACAAAGCCCUGUGGAAGGAAAUGGAAAACUUGAAGCAUUAAAGCCAGC